AAAUACCCAUCUUUUCUCAUCCUUCCCCUCUGCCUGCAAUUCCCAUCUCAUCCCUCUCCCACCCCCUUCUGCUACCCUUCUAUUUCUCAAUCCUCUUCUUUGCCCCUUCGCUCCCUCCCUCUCUCUCUCUCUCUCCCCCUCUCCCUCUCAAACCAACUUACCCGCCAAUUCUCUCUCCCUUCUCUAUCCCGUUCCCUUUUCAAAAAUUCCCCUUCGCCUCUAAUCGAUCUUGCUCACUCCCAAACCCUAAUCCCCGUUCUCCGUCCAAAUCUCGCCGGAUCGUCGCCUGUUUCCCCCCCUCUUUCAGCUUCUGUCCGAACCCAACUCGAUUAUUCGCUUUUGGGUUUCUGGGUUUCAGGUAAUUUUGUCGGUGGCUAAGCUCUCGGUGAAUCAUUGAUUCUGAAUUUUCCUUGUUCGUGGGUUUUCAUUCUUUUUUGCUGAAUUUUGUUUUCUGCUGUCUGUUGGUGGCUGUAGUUCCGAAGGUGGGUAUGUUGAUAUAACUUUUCUUGAGUUUUCUUGCUUUUUGUCAGUCUACCUGGUUUGAAAAGAUCUAUUGAUGGGUGUCAAACUUCGAGGGGACUUGGCUUUGUCACGGAUUCCUGUAAUCAAGAGGCCAGAAAGUUUUAAAAGCAGCUGAAGCUGUUGCCAUUGCAGGUCUGAUUGGUAGAGACAGUGUUCUCGCCAAUCGUACAUUGAUUGCUCUUGGAUUUGAUAAUUCAACAAGUGAAAUAAUUGGACCAUACAUCCAAUCCCCAGUUUUUUAGACAGGGAUCUGUUGAGAUUUUGCUUCUUAAGCUGAUUAAGGUUUGGUGUGAAGGGUUUUAGUUUAAGGUGUUCAUUGUUUGAGCAGCUAUAUUUUCGUUGCAAUCAGAAAGGAUUUGAUCUGUUGAUUGCUGGGGGCUUGGGAAUAAUUGCUGUUGAUAUUUGUUCUCUCAGUUUCUUCAAUGGCUAACCAUGAUUUGAUACUUGGACAAAAUCACAACUUGGGUAUUGGCCAGAACCAGCAGUUGGGGAUGGGCCAUAACCACAACCUGGUCCUUGGUCAGAACUCUGACUUGGACUUGGGACAGACCAAUGAGCAAGACUUGGGUUUGGGACAGACUCAUGACAAUGAUUUGGGCUUGGGACAUUCUCAUGACCAUGAAAUGGGUUUAGUGCAGGCACAUGACCAUGAAACUGAUGUCGGACAUGGUUAUGAACAUGAAAAUGGAUUAACUAUGGACCAUAAGCCUGAACAUGUUGGCCAUGAGUUGGCUCUUCCGCCACAGGGUGGUGAGUUAGUUAUAUCUGGGAACAAUCAACUUGCUAUUUCCGAAAACCAAGAACUUGAUGACAGUUUGGAAUUAGCUGUGGACCAGAACCACGAGAUGGGGAUUGAACCUGGCGAUGUUAUGGAUGUCCAUGAGGGCCAGCUUGUUGUUGCCUCUCCUGUUCUUCAGCAACGUGCCCUGGCUAUAAAUCCUAGUUAUGAACUGCGUGUUGGACAAGAAUUCCCUGAUGUUAGGAGCUGCCGUAGGGCAUUGAGGGACACAGCCAUUGCCCUUCACUUUGAAAUGCAGACCAUAAAAUCUGAUAAAACUCGAUUUACUGCAAAAUGUGCCAGCGAGGAAUGCCCCUGGCGCAUACAUGCUGCAAAGCUUCCUGGGGUGCCAACUUUUACAAUCAGGACCAUCCAUGAAGCUCAUACAUGUGGAGGAAUUGGUCAUCUGGGUCAUCAGCAAGCCUCUGUUCAAUGGGUUGCAAACUCUGUGGAGCAACGCCUUAGGGAAAACCCCAAUUACAAGCCAAAAGAGAUACUGGAAGAGAUUCACCGUGUUCAUGGUAUCACUUUGUCAUACAAACAAGCCUGGCGGGGCAAGGAGCGGAUUAUGGCUGCCAUGCGUGGAUCCUUUGAAGAAGGGUAUCGCCUCCUUCCGCAGUACUGUGAUCAAGUUAAAAGGACGAACCCAGCAAGCAUUGCAUCUGUUUAUGGAAAUCCCACUGAUAGUUGCUUCCAGCGACUCUUUAUUUCGUACCAGGCCUCAAUUUAUGGUUUUGUGAAUGCUUGCCGGCCACUUCUUGGACUUGAUAGGACCUUCCUGAAAAGCAAGUAUCUUGGUACUUUACUUCUAGCUACUGGAUUUGAUGGGGAUGGUGCUCUUUUUCCAUUGGCAUUUGGUGUAGUUGAUGAGGAAAAUGAUGAUAAUUGGAUGUGGUUUCUCUCCGAGCUUCAUAACCUGCUAGAGAUCAAUACAGAGAACAUGCCAAGACUUACAAUUUUGUCAGAUAGGCAGAAGGGCAUUGUAGAUGGAGUGGAAGCAAAUUUCCCAACAGCAUUUCAUGGUUUUUGCUUGCGCCACUUGAGUGAUAGCUUCCGCAAGGAGUUUAAUAAUACUAUUCUUGUUAACCUUUUAUGGGAUGCUGCUUACGCCCUCACAGUAAUUGAAUUCGAAGCUAAAAUCCUCGAGAUUGAAGAGAUCUCACAGGAUGCUGCCUAUUGGACAAGAAGAAUUCCACCCCGUUUGUGGGCGACGGCUUAUUUCGAGGGAACAAGGUUUGGGCACUUGACAGCUAACAUUGUUGAAUCAUUAAAUAAUUGGCUUCUUGAAGCAUCUGGGCUACCAAUUAUUCAGAUGAUGGAAUGUAUUAGAAGGCAGCUUAUGACAUGGUUCAAUGAGCGCCGAGAGACAAGCAUGCAGUGGACGUCCAUCCUUGUGCCUUCUGCUGAGAGGCGUGUAGCGGAUGCACUUGAGCGUGCACGCACUUAUCAGGUUCUUCGUGCAAAUGAAGCUGAAUUUGAAGUUAUAUCGCAUGAAGGAACCAACAUUGUUGAUAUCAGGAACCGAUGCUGUCUCUGCCGGGGUUGGCAGCUGUACGGUUUGCCUUGUGCACAUGCUGUAGCAGCACUCCUUUCUUGCAGGCAGAACGUGCAUAGAUUUACUGAGAGCUGUUUCACGGUUGCAACUUAUCGGAAGACAUACUCGCAAACCAUACAUCCAAUUCCUGACAAAACUCUGUGGAAGGAGUUAUCGGAGGGGGAUCCAACUGCAAGCAAAGCGGUUGAGGUUGUAAUUAAUCCACCCAAAUCUCUAAGGCCACCUGGACGGCCAAGGAAGAGGCGAGUGCGGGCUGAGGACCGUGGCAGGGUAAAGCGAGUUGUCCAUUGUAGUCGCUGCAACCAGACGGGUCAUUUUAGAACAACUUGUGCAGCACCCAUUUAGAAUUGACGGCAGGAGUGUUUUUGCUAUCUAGCAACUUGGGUAAAACUAAAACCCUUUUUCCCUGUGCAAAGAUUUUCUUAGCUGUCUACUAUUUAUGGGUUUCCAUCACUUAGAUUCUCAAAUCAGUGCUGUAUGUUGUUAGAGGCAUAAGUUGGUAGUUCACCAUUAGUUAACCCCCCCAAUUCCCAUAUCGCAUAUGAGAGGUCUCGUCCGUCAAUAAUACAUUGUUAUGGAGGUUGAACUCACUGUUUCA